UUUUUUUCAAAAAAAAAGGAGGACCAUUUUGCAUCCACUUGAAUUGUCAUAGACUGAUUUAUGUCACAAGUUUUCACUACUUCAACGAUACCGUUGAGCUUUGGUCCCCAGCAUGAGCCGGGGCCGAAACACAAACUUCCGGCGGCUGCUGCUCCAGAUAAAUCGCCAGAAAACGAGCCAGUGGCCGAGCUGGCGCUGCCGAUCUGGAAUUGUAUGUUGGCUGGAGGAUUUGGUGGAAUGGUAGGAGACACUUCCAUGCAUUCUUUGGAUACCGUAAAAACUAGGCAACAGGGAUAUCCUCAUAAUCCCAAGUAUAAACAUAUGGUACCGGCCUACCGGACGAUAUUGAAGGAGGAAGGCUUCUUCCGGGGAUUGUACGGAGGCUAUACGCCUGCAAUUCUAGGCUCGUUUCCGUCUACAGCAGCAUUUUUUGCAACAUACGAGUACACCAAGCGUAGACUUAUCAACGAGUACGGUAUCAACGAGACGAUGUCGUACUUCGUUGCGGGAGUUCUUGGGGAUUUAGCGUCGUCGAUUUUCUACGUUCCCUCAGAAGUCUUGAAGACCCGGUUGCAACUACAGGGAAAGUUCAAUAAUCCGUUCACGAAAGAAUGCGGCUACAACUACAAGGGCUUGAUCAAUGCUGUCUCGUCGAUUGCUAAGAAAGAGGGACCAUCUACUUUUGUGUUUGGCUACAAAGAGACGUUGUUUCGGGACUUACCUUUUUCUGCCCUACAAUUUGCAUUCUACGAGAAGUUCAGACAGCUUGCCAUAUUCUACAACAAGUCGCCGGACUUACCAGUUUCGCUUGAGCUUUUGACUGGGGCUGCUGCCGGGGGGUUGGCUGGAACCUUGACGACGCCGUUGGACGUGAUCAAGACGAGAAUUCAAACUGCAACCAACACUGCAGAAUUGUCUGAGUUCUCGUCCAUCAAGACAUCAAAUCCGGUUGUCAAAUUCGUGUCGAAAUCAUCGACGUUAAACGCGUUAGCAUCCAUCUACAAACACGACGGUAUAAUAGGAGCGUUUUCCGGUGUCGGACCUCGUUUUAUCUGGACCGGAAUUCAGAGUUCCAUCAUGUUAUUGUUGUACCAGGUAUCGUUGAAACAGCUAGACCAGAUUCUCGGUAACAACGAGGCUGUCAUGGACGCAUAGUCCCUUGCAUUGUAUACUAGAAUGAUGUCAUGUAAAUAGAGAUAGACAUAACUAAUAUAGGCUGAUAGAG